CGCGAGCGCCCGCUGUUGAACACGGCUGACCGCGCGAGCGCACGCGUGUACUCGCGAUCAAGCGCGGGAGGUAGUUCGCCUAGUCAUUCAAGAUGGCGUCCAACAUUGUGCAAAUGAUGGAACUGUGCCUAACAAACGGAGAUAAUACAAAAUUGAUCCCUCUUUCUGUCUUGUAAUAAAACACUGAGAGCAGUGUGGGCGUAAUCUAAAUAAGUGGCAUCCAUAGCCUCCGCCGGCUUUGAUAAGUCAUCUAACGGCAACUCGAAUAGAGCAGUCCCGACACCGCCAUUUUGAAUGCUGUGCCGCGAGAGCGAGUACGCGCCUUCCGUUCAGGAAGGCGUUAUAGUGUCUCGCUGUUCGCUCGCGCGAGCGCCCGCCCUCCUGAACACGCCUCUGUUUACGAAAAGGGCAAGCAUGUCCUGCCAAAUCAACGCCAGUUGAGUUUAGCCUAUUUCCGACGCGCACCUGAUACUUCAUACAAUAGGAAAUCAUUAUCUUCUCUUCAUACGACAAAGGAAGGUUAUCUCUUCUAUUGUAAAUACAUCAGCGGUUUAAAUGAAACUUUAUCGGAUGUCAUAUGACUGUAUUAAUGUUGUCACGAGGCGUGAGUGGACAGUUUUAAUUUCCUUCCAAACAAAAUUUUGUGAUCACUUCUUGGCAUACCACGAGCCAACAAGGAGACGUAUUGAACCCGGAAUUGGAUAAUUUUGAAACAACCUCUAUAUUUGAAGAAAUGUCGGGUAGUAGACAAUCUCGGAUGAAUGUUCAAAACGACAAGCAUCCGAUACUAUCUCCAGCUGACGAAAGCAAUGUUGACAAUUCCGGCAGGUAUCGUGGUACCGGAAACGUGUACCCGUCUGUACCUCCAAAAGAAACUGGACCCGUUGACAUUGUAACGCUCCUACAUGUGCGCAAGGAACCUCAAACUGGAAUAACGGCGAAAUUGGGGAUUUCAAAAGGGGCGUUAACUGUCUUCAUCGCCGUCAUUAACAUUGCUUCUAACGUCCUCAUGAACGUCUCGCUUCCCGUGUUUGCAGGGACGAUGGACCAAGUUGGCGGAGACACAUUUGUUGUUUUGUUGGUGUCGUCCAUAUUGUUUCCUCUGCUCUUCGCAGUUAUGACUUUUGUCAUGAAAUACCCAACUGAACGCAGCUUCUCGUGCUUCAAACCAACCGCUAACUGGAAGAUCUUGUUACUGGUAGGGUUCGCUACUACCAUGAACGGAGUUCUUGUUGUGUUUGCGAGUCCCCCAAGUCGCACACCGCCAUAUUUGCAAGGUAUCCUGGCAACCACCGUCAUACCCUACACAGUUGUAUGUCGAUUUCUCAUCCUCAGAAAAGGUAUAAGCAUCCGGCGUCUUGUUUGCACCGGGGUGGUUCUCGUCGGUCUUUUCAUCACGGUAGAACCCCAAAUUUGGGGGCUGGAAGGGAGUGGGGCUGAAGGCUCCGGCAGCUCAGAAAGUAUUCUCUGGCCUUGUAUAUUUGCGCUGGGUUUUUUGCCCGCAGGGAUAAGCAGCGUCAUCGUGGAGAAGGCACUUCAUGGGACCGAGUCAGAGUCUUUGAACUUCAUCAUGUGGUCACAGGUCUUUCAACUGUUAACCAUUCUGCCCCUCUUCUGGGUUGACUUCAUUCCACAUUUUGGAAUGGCUGACUCGAUCCGAGAGUUUGGUGGGAACCUCGGAACUGGACUUGGCUGCUGCUUUAGCACGGAGGCUGCAUGUAAUGGCUUAUGGUGGAAACUCUGGUUGUUUCUGAUUGGCUAUUGCUUCGGGAAUCUCUUCCAAUUUCUAUUAAUAGAAUACGCAGAGGGCGCAGUGUAUGCGGUUGUCGUCCAAUCAAUGGUGACGCCCUUGGCGACCUUGUUCUGGACUCUGUUCAAGUUUGACGUUCCUAACAACCACUUCUUUUGGUCCCCGGAUUUCAACAUUACGACCGGCUUCACCUUAGGUGGCCUUGUAAUCAUCGUUCCGACUGUAAUCAUGUACAACUAUUUCAGCAAACAGGACGCCAAGGAGAAAGAACUGAAGGAAAGUUCUGUCCGUGACAUCAUUGAAAAUCACAUGUAAAACAAAUGGCGAUAAAACCGAAAUUGAAUUCAGAACGCGACCUCUUUGAUAACUCCAUGUAAAAUAAAUUGUAUCAGUAUUUAAAUAGAGUGUAGUACACGACCUGUUUGCAAAACAUAUGUAAAAUAUAUUACGGUAAAUUUGGAAAAGAAUAAGAAAAGAAUAACAAUAGUAACGUUGGAGUUGUUUUUAGUGCACGACCUGUUUAAAAAUAGCAUGUUUAAUACAUCAUUUUAACUUUGAAAAAAAUCAGUGCGCGAUUUGUUUUAAAAUUACACGUUGAUUAAAUGAUAUUUACAACGGAAGAAAAGGUUGGGGGGAUUAUAAAAUAUACCGUAUUCAACGUAAUAAGCGCCCAGGGCGCUCCCAAAAUUAGAAAAAAAUUAGAAUAUUAUUUUGAUGAAAAAAGAACAGAGUUGAAAGAUAAAUUUCGUGGUUCAUGCUGACAG